UUAUAAUAUACCAUUUUCUCUCAGAGAUAACCUGAUAUCUUUAAAGAAAAACCGAAUCGUUUCAUUUCCCCUCGCAGUUUCAAGUCACCUCGAUUGACGGUACUUCACUCUGCUAGUACCAACUUUAUACCUCAAUACCUUAAUAGUAAUUGGUAUACAUUGAAGGUGCGUUGUAAAUUACAAAUCAAUAGGUACCUGCAUGAUGAAUAUAAUUACAAAAAUUACUUUUUUAGAAGGACAAUAACGAGUGAUAAAAUAAAAAAAGUCAUUAUAUUUGUAAGUAUUGAAAGGGCAGGAGACUAAAGAUAGAAACGAGUUUCUAUGACGCCACGGGAGCUCACAAUUUUAGCUCCGUUCAUAUCUAUGCAGUUGAUUUAAAUUGAGUGGUCGUAGGCGCACUCAUAAAAACAAAAGUUAAUAUAAAUAUGAUGAACUAAUGUUUAUUAAUUAAUAAACGCAGUCGUGAAUGGCAUGCGGUGGACACACAAUUAUUUUAUUCUGCGGAUAUAUUGUUCAACCGCUUGAGGCCGAAGAAAAUGCUGGUCUUAUGUAUACUUAUGUAGUUCUACCACUUCUACCUCUCAAAUAUGUUUAACUCACACUUCACUAUGGUUAGACCAUCGGAAAUCGUGGCGUUUUUACUUUUAGUGACUUUAGUAGGGACGUCCUUAGCUGCAAAUAUUUUGUAUCCGGUGGAAAGCGAAAGUCGCGAAGUUCGUACUCUACAUGGCUUAUGGAAUUUCAAAAUAUCUCCACCAUCAAACCAACUGAUCGGGUUUGAUGAAAAAUGGUAUACGAUGAGAUUUGAAACACUUGGUGAUUAUUGGAAAAUGCCCGUUCCAUCUAGCUACAAUGAUGUUUCUACAAACUCAACCAUACGAGAUUACGUCGGUUGGUCAUGGUAUCAAUAUGAGUUUUAUGUACCAAAAAGAUGGACUGAUGAUCAACUGAAUGUAUUUUUACGUUUUGGCAGUGUGCAUUUCAAAUCAAUUGUGUGGUUAAAUGGUAAAUUAUGUGUAGACCACGAAGGCGGCCACUUACCAUUUAUUGGUAAUGCUACUGAUUUUCUUAAGUAUGAUGAACCUAAUUUAAUUGUCGUUGCUGUAAAUAACACACUGAGACCGGAUACUAUACCACAAGGAUAUACAACAUACCCGAAUAAUACAUACAAAUAUCCAAAAGAUUAUUCGAUAUAUUCUCACGAGUUUGAUUAUUUUGAUUAUUCUGGUAUAAACAGAGCUGUCCAUUUAUAUACAACACCGAAAGUUUACGUUUGUGACAUAACUGUACUUACAAGUUUUGGAAAUAAUUUAGAAGGAAUUGUUGACUACGAGGUCGAUAUUUGUGGAAAUAAUGUUUCUGAAUGUAAUAUUACACUUUUGGAUGCUAAUCGAAAUACAGUUGUCGAAUCGAAUACCUGUUCUGGACAGUUAAUAAUACCAAAUGUAAUACCUUGGUGGCCAAUUAUGUCUGGUAAAAAACACAUAGCAUACUUAUAUACUUUUCAGGUGAAGACUAAUAAUGAAAAAAGUGAUUAUUAUCGUUUGCGAAUUGGUGUUAGAACACUUCAAUGGACAUCAAAACAAUUAUUGUUAAAUAAUGAACCGAUUUAUUUAAGAGGAUUUGGAAAACACGAGGAUUCUAUUAUACGAGGGAGAGGUUAUGAUGAUGCAUUAAGUGCCAGAGACUAUUAUUUAAUAAAAUGGUUAGGUGCUAAUUCUUUUCGUACAUCGCACUACCCUUACGCCGAAGAAACAUUACAGCAAGCCGAUGCAGAAGGUAUAUUAGUAAUUGUGGAAAGUGCUGCAUGCAAUUUAAGAAUAUUUGGGCCAGAUGUAAUGAAAUUCCAUAAAGGUGUUAUGACAGAAAAUGUAAAUCGUGAUAAAAACCAUCCUAGUGUUAUUAUGUGGUCAUUGGCUAAUGAACCACAUAACAAUUUAAAUUCAUCUGUAUCAUAUUUUCGAGAACUUUACAAACAUGUACGAAAUAUCGAUCCGUCAAGACCAAUAACUUUUGUCAACAGUCAACAAAUUCAAAAUGCUAAAGCGAUUGAGUACAUGGAUAUUCUAACUUUAAAUCGAUACAGCAGCUGGUAUAGUGAUUCAGGCCAUUUAGAGCUUAUUCAAUAUCAAAUAUACAAUGAAUUUGAAGCAUUUACAAAAAAAUACAAGAAACCUAUAUUAUUCACCGAAUAUGGUGCCGGAGCAAUUGCUGGGUUACAUUCGCUACCAGAAACAAUGUGGAGUGAAGAUUAUCAUGUUACUCUGCUUCAAGAACAUUUUAAAACUUUUGAUUCAUUAAUAGCUAACGGAGUUCCAAUCCUAGGAGAAAUGAUAUGGAAUUUUGCAGAUUUUAAAACACCUCAAGAGUAUAUAAGACCAGGGUUGUGUGUAAAAGGAUUAUUUACCAGAGAACGACAACCGAAGAUGGCUGCAUACGUGGUAAAAGAACGUUUCCAUACAUUUAUAAGCAACACAGCAUGGCAAAAACGAUCUUUAAGUUGUGGAUAAAUCGAUUGUAUAUUAAUAUUUUUGUAUUAAUAUUUUUUUAUAUUAUAAUUAUUAUAUAUUAUAUUAUUUUACACAUACAGACAUACGUAACUAUUUACUAUAGAACGAUUAUGAUAGUAUAUUAUGUUGUAUCAUUUUUUUUUUGUCUAAAAUAUAAUGUAUUGUGUAAUAGUUUAUAAGAUAAGCUAGUUAAUAUGUAGGUAUUUAUAUAUUGUACACAACUAACAAUUACGCAUUUAAAUCACAAAAUAAAUAGUUAUUCAUUUAUAGUUUUAGUAAGUUUUUAAAUAACUCUCAUAACAUGAUCAUCAAUAUUUUAAACUUUUUAUUAUUGAUCUACAAAAAACUUUGGAAACUAAUUCUGUAUGAUAUUAUUGGACUUUAUUUCAUCUAUAUUUCUGAUCGAGAUUCAGUUUCAUAGAAAUUGUUUUUAAGAAAUCAAUUUAAGUAUUUAGGUACGUUUUACAAGGUGAUUUUAAUUGUUUACAGUUGUACACUCUUUAUUUUAAAACCAUUUUUGUACAAGUCAUUAAAAAAUAACAGUUUUGGAAAAUAAAUUAUACUUUUUAUUUUUAAAGAUUUUAUUUAAUAAUAAUAUCAUUUUAAUUUAAAAAUUUUAAUAGUACUAUACUUUUAGAUGUAUUUUAAUACAUUUGUAAGAUGCUAGUUAUAAGUAUUUUAAAUAUUAAUGAGCGGAGUAGUGGACCAACAUGUAUUGUUGUAGAGCAUAAAAACAUUUAAUCUAAUAAAAACCGAGAAGUCACUUUGCUAUA